CGCGGCGGAGCACCCGGCCCCGGGAGUGUGCUCUGCCGGAAGUGUCUGCUGAGGACGUGGGCUCUGGGUAGAGGUGCGGAGCUCGCCGCGGCGGUUAACAAGUCGUAGAGCAUAACGAUGGAGGCCGUGGCUGCUGCUGCGGCGGCGGCACGAGAACCAGAUGAAGACUGCACGGAGCCCAAUCCUGGGCACUGGGGAGAGCUGAGCUGUACGUCGGUCCCAUCGAGACCCCAGGACAAGGUGGAAGCAGCAGAGGGAAUGCCCAGGACCCUGGACGAUGAUCCUCCUGGGGCCGAGAACCCAGCGGUGAAUGCCAUGCUGCGCGCCGUGGCUGCCAGCCGCCUGCCCGUGUGCAGCCAGCAGCAGGGUGAGCCUGACCUGACCGAGCGGGAGAAGGUAGCCAUCCUGGGCCAGCUGUACCAUGAGAAGCCGCUGGUGUUCCUGGAGCGCUUCCGCACGGGCCUCCGCGAGGAGCACCUGGCCUGCUUUGGCCACCUGCGUGGUGACCACCGAGCAGACUUCUACUGUGCCGAGGUGGCCCGGCAGGGCACUGCCCGACCCCGCACUCUACGCACCCGUCUGCGUAACCGGCGCUAUGCUGCCCUGCGAGAGCUCAUCCAAGGGGGCGAGUACUUCAGCGACGAGCAGAUGCGGUUCCGGGCCCCACUGCUGUACGAGCAGUAUAUUGGGCAAUACCUAACCCAGGAGGAGCUCAGUGCCCGUGCCCCAGCCCACCAGCCGCCCAAGCCCGGCUCCCCCGGCACACCCGCCUGCCCGCUCUCCGACCUGCUGCUCCAGUCCUACCAGGAGCGGGAGCUGCAGCAGCGGCUGCUCCAGCAGCAGGAGGAGGAGGAGGCCUGCUUGGAGGAGGAGGAGGAGGAGGAGGACAGUGACGAGGAAGACCAGAGGCCCGGCAAAGAUUCGGAGGCCUGGGUCCCCGACUCGGAAGAGAGGCUGAUCCUGCGGGAAGAGUUCACCAGCCGGAUGCACCAGCGCUUCCUGGACGGGAAGGACGGGGACUUUGAUUACAGCACCGUGGAUGACAACCCUGACUUCGACAACCUGGACAUUGUGGCUCGGGAUGAAGAGGAGAGGUACUUCGAUGAGGAGGAGCCUGAGGAUGCGCCCAGCCCAGAGCUGGACGGGGACUGAUGGCCACCCACCCGCACCGCCCCAACAAGGCAGCUGAUGACAGGCCGGCCCAGUGACUUUCUCCAGGGGGCACCAGGGCAGCCACCCCACACCACAAGCCUCACUGGAUCCUGUCCCAUCUCAGACAGCCCCUCCCCUCUGUGUUGAGUUCCCUACCUCCCUCCUCACUCUGCUUUCCUUCUCUUUCCUGAACCCUACCUCUGUUUCUUUCUCAUUCUCUGUCUCUCUCUCCCUCUCUCUUUUUCCUCUCUCUUUUUUUCUCCCCCUCUCUGUGCCUUGGUCCAGGAUGUACGUCCAGCCCUUGACUGGGGCCAGCUGGGCCUCGUAACUGGAGCCGGCCAGGUAACCCCAGUGCCCAACUCAGGGUGGGGCUGACCCUUGGCCCCAGAGCGGCUCUCUGCCUCCCUCCCUGGUCUCUGCCCCCGUCUUCCUCCACCUCUCUGCUGACGUCUUGUCAUGCCUCCUUGUCUCGGUUACAUUCCCAUCUCUCCUUCGGCCUCACUCUCUGGGUCUGUGGUUCUCCCUGCCCUACAUUUCCGUCUCUCGGCCUCUGCGCUGUCUCUGUCCCUCUGUCUCUCAGCCUGUAUCUCUCUUGAGUUUCAGUGUCCCCUCAACCUGACUGUUGUGGGCAGCAGAACCCUGACUGCUGAGUAAUGUGGCCUCACUGUGGGCAGGUGGGAGACCCCAGGGGUGGCCACCAGCACUCACCUCCCCCUAGGGACCCAGGCCUCUGAGAGGUGGGCAGGGGCAGCACUGGGGUUCAUGGGCCUGCCAGCUUGGUGGGGAGGGGGGAUUCUCCCAUCCACCCCCCCCCCCCCCCCCUCUGCCCGGCCACAGUUUUCCCUUCCUUCACUUCCUCCCUCUCCCUCUCCUGUUUACACUCCCCAAAUACGCACAGGCUGUUAUCAUGGGUCCUGAGUCAUCCCCCACACACACAGCCUGCCCCAGCAUCCCUCCCCCCAGCCGGCCACAGGGCCCGCCUCAUGGAGCCCCCCGCCGCCCCAGGCUAAUGGGAGCCAGAUGGCCGCCUGGUGACUCAGCCACCGGCCUGUGGGAACCCAGGCGUCCCGCCUUCCCAUGCCCCCACACCCAGCUCAUACUCCCCCGGUAGACACACACAAGAAGGGGCCAGCUGCUGGAGGGGGAGGGCAAAGGCCAAGGGUCAGAGAGGUGGGGCCCAGGGACCUCUCCUGUGAGCUGGAAUAGUGGCAUCGUGCCAUGGCUAAGCCUGAAAGACCCUCAAAGCAUCUCCUUGGGCAUGCGGCCCAGAGUGAGGAGAAGACCCCGAGGCCUCCCGGGGCCACAACUCUUGACCCCCCGGGCCUGACCUCUGCCCUCUGGGUCAACCAGAAUUAGAGCCAGACACAGAAAGUGAAAGCUGGAUGGAGGCCGAGGGACGUUCAGACGGAGAGACUUAAAUAAGGAAACGUCCGGUUACUGAGCAGUACUGUCUGUGCCAGGCCUGAGCAAGGUGCCUGACGCCUUGGACUAGGGACUCAGCUCCAUCUCAUAGAUGGGUCAAGGGAAGCCCAGAAGGAUGUUACUUACUACCGGCCGUGCUGCCGUCAGAGAUGGAAACGCAGGUCUAGAAGCACACUAGUCCUAGAGACUCAACUCGCCUGCCUGGCCGACGUCAGGGCUGCUCAGGAGUGAGCAGGUGCACCGACAGACUGCUCAGAUGGAAAGACUGAAGGAGAGUUAGCUGUCGAGGAGGCUAGCAGCUGAUGCCUUUGGGCUCCUUCCCUGCACUAGGCACUGUCCUACACACUGACGGGACCGAAUGAUACGUGAUCAUCAUUGCUACAGUGAUGAUGCGUGAUCAGUACUGAAUCCCUGAACCAUCACAGUGGUCCUGUGCAGGACAUGCUCUCGGUAUUGCCAUCCCGUCUCCCGGAGGUGGCCGCAAGUGAUCCAGCCAGACUCACAUGAAGAGGAGAGAAAUGGAGGUUUGUCUCUCAGUCUCUCAGGUACUCCUUGUGUUUAUGCCCUCAGGUUGUAAGAGCUCUUUCAAAACACAGGGAUCAGCCCUUGGUAAGGUGCACAUUUUUUUCACCAGUCUAUCAUUUGAUCAUUAAAUUUGUUUGUGAUAUA